AUGGCUGUGCUCAGUGUAUUACUUUUGGCGUUUUGUGUUCGAGUGACCGCGGCGUCUUCACCAAGCCCAUCAGUCGAGCUGCAGCGGGCCAGCUCCCUCUCCGAGCUCAUCUCCCAUCUGUCCGCCGCCGGGGAGCUCCCGGCCACUCCGCUGCACGUGCUGCCCUGCGGCAACAUCUCGGAGCGGGCGCUGACGGGCCUGCUGCGCCGGCUGCCGUGUCCGCGCGGCUGCACCGUGGCCGAGCUGUGCCGGCCGUGCCACCAGCAGCUCGGCGCCGGUCUGUACCGGCCGUCCGGCGGCACCCUGCUGUUCUGGGCCGGCUCCGCAGACUACCACUUCAACUUCUCGACGGAGCUGCGUCAACACCCAAGACGUGUCUGGGGUAGUUACAAAAACGGCACGUGGCACGGUCUCCUGGCGAGCGUGGUGCGCGCCGAGGCCGACCUGGCCCUCGGAGGUAUGUCGGUGACGGCCGAGCGUGCCGACGCGGUCCACUUCCUUCAGGAGUUCACCAUCGUGCGCUCCAUGUUCGUGUCUCGCCGGCCGCCGCCGCUGCCCGCCUACCUGACCGUGGUGGCGCCCUUCACGCCCUCUCUCUGGGCCACGGUGAUCGGAACGUUACUGGCAGUCUCUGUGGCGCUGAUGGUGCUGAGAAGAUCCCGCCUCGACGCCGCGCUGCUGGACACUUUCCGGGUUCUGCUGGGGCAAAGCCUGUCCAACACCUACCUGGCUCUCGCCGAUCGUCUGCUGAUCGGCGUGUGGAUGCUGAUCGGCUUCAUCAUCGCCUGCAGCUACACCAGCAGCCUGACUUCGUUCCUGGUGAACGGCGCGCCCGGACGGCCCGUGGAGACCAUGGAGGAGCUGGCCGACAGCGACUACCAGCUGGCUGUGAACCCCAACAACAAGGUCUUCCUCGAGUGGCUGCACGCCAGAGAGAGCGCAGUGUUCUCCCGCGUGCGCUCCAAGCUGGUGAUGGAGACCCGCCUGGCCACCUCUCUGAGCUCCCCGGCCACCUUCAGUCGCGCGCACGUGUUCGAAGACGCCUUCUUCGAGUACGUCCUCAGCUGGAUGGCGCUGAAGACGAACGGCUCGCUGUGGAGGGAGGACCUGGUGCCGAGCCGGGACCGCUUCAUGCCCACCUCGCUGGCCAUCCCUGUGCAGCGGAACGCGCCCUAUCGACACGCCCUGAGCCACGCCAUCCUGCGACUCUCGGCCGCCGGACUCGUCCAGAAGUGGCUCCAGGACGCCCUCCACGGAAUACACCUGCGGGCAGUGAGAGCCAACGUCGAGGCGUGUCUCACCAGCGUGGCACACUGUCGCGACAAGGACCACGUGAAGAAAAUAAGCCUGCAGCAUGUUCGGGGGCCCUUCCUUCUGCUGUUGUUUGGGUACGGCCUGGCAUUGGUGGUGUUCAUCUUUGAAGCGCAGCUGAAGGCGUUUUACUGGCUAUAG